AUGGCGGAGGAGAGCCACCCGCCGGCGCGCUACGUGAAGCUCACCCGCGACCAGGAAGCGCCCGCCGAGGACAUCCUCCCCGGCGAGCUCAACCAGCCCGUCCACGUUCCACAGCUCGAGGGCAGGAGGUGCCCCGAGUGCGGCCAGGUUCUGCCGGAGAGCUACCAGCCACCGGCCGACGAGCCCUGGACCACCGGAAUCUGCGGAUGCACCGAUGAGCCCGAGAGCUGCCGAACUGGAAUGUUCUGUCCUUGCGUCCUGUUUGGGCGCAAUGUUGAAGCCCUUAGAGAGGAUAUUCCCUGGACAGCACCUUGUGUUUGCCAUGCUGUUUUUGUGGAAGGAGGGAUCACGCUUGCGAUUCUAACGGCAAUAUUUCACGGUGUUGAUCCAGGAUCAUCAUUUCUUAUUGGUGAAGGUUUAAUGUUUAGUUGGUGGUUGUGUGGUGCGUAUACUGGAAUUUUUCGUCAAGAACUCCAGAAGAAAUACCAUCUCAAGGACUCCCCAUGCGACCCCUGUAUGGUCCAUUGCUGCCUGCACUGGUGCGCAAACUGCCAGGAGCACCGCGAGAGGAGGGCCCACCUCGCUGACCAUGCUGAUGCGUCAGUGACUAUCGUUGAUCCACCUCCGGUGGAAGAGAUGGGCAUGCCAAGAGAAUCAUCGUGCUGCUUCUGA